AUGACCGUGGCCCAUGAAGCUUAUGUCUCUAACAUUUCUGCGUUGUUUGCACCAAUAUAUUCCAAUUUCACAAGUACAUCAGUGGAUAAGAAUAAUAAAAAGAAUAUGUCGUCAGAAGUUGUAUUGACACAGUGCAUGACACUCCAGCGCUGGCCACCACGCCGUGCGACUGAGGUUUGA